AUGAACAACUUGUACGAGCGUGAUAUACAGGAGCAAUGGAUUACCAGCCUAAUGGGCGUGGAGUUCUGGGAAGAUGCGACGAGAUGUGCUGAACGAGCUGCUGAUAGUGAGAGACAAGCCCUAAUCACGAGACCGACUGGUCAAUUGCCUAAGGACCCUGUUCAGAGUGCAGUCACGAGCUCCCCCGAGAAGAUUCCAACCAAGAAUGAAACAGACCAGAGUCCAAAGAAGAGUCGUUUCCAGCUCUCUCAGCUUGUUUCUUUCAAUAGUCUCCGACUCCGAAGUAUCGCUCAUCCCUCCCCGGCAGGAACUGAUACCACAACAUCGCCUACGAAGAGUCAGAAGAGUUCAAACAAAGGUAGCUUGCAUCUUCCAAAACUGCCUUCCUUUAAGAACCUCAGUCUCAAGCGCCGAGGGUCCAUGCUCGCGUCGACUUCAGGAAUUAUUCAAGUUGAGAAGACUGCUCGUCCAUCUAUCCUGUCUCCUUCUACUUUCCUCCCUCCUGAGCCUCCUGAAUCUCCUAUUCCUCCCAUCCCCAAAGCUCCCCGUCCUGCCUUUCGUUCCAUCUACAGAGGGCCUUCUGCUACCAACCUGGAUAUUGCACCCCCGAACCCCCCUGAGGGCUUUCAACCUUUUGCCACAGUCGCUCCUGGUUAUCUUAGCAAUGCUAGCUUUCAAAAGUGGCUCGAUCGAGAGAGUGAUACUCAGCCCGAAACGGAGACUCCUCCUCGCCCAACCUAUAGUUCUCGUAUCAGCUUGAUGGCCUACCUCAAUAAGGGCGGCUCUUGGAAUAACAUCCCUCGCACCAAGUCGGCCCUAGAACUUAACAUGUUUUUCGACGCUCUCAAGGUCGGCCCCGAGAACUUUGUCGACCCCGAGAACUUUGUUGAUAUGGAGGAUGUUGUUGAUCUCGACGAUGAACAUACUACUGAUAAAGGUACCAUGGUCGACAAGGCCACCAUGACCGACUUCGACAUCGAAGGCUUUGAUACCGACCCCACAUCUUCCACCAACAACACCACCAUGGUUGACAAGGCCAUGGAUGCCUUCUAUGAGACUGCCACAGAUGACCAGGCAACCGACCACUCUGCCGAGAAGCCAGAGGAUGGGAUCGUCAUCACAAUCCUCUCGCUGGAGCAGAUACGACCUUUGGGCGAGUUCCGCAACCUGCGUGUACUGAAGCUAACUGGUAUGAUGAAGUCAUACCAGCCCAUCAUCUGGCAGACUGUGUGGGUGAACCCUCAACUGACUACCCUAGAGUUGGAGAUGGCAGUUGGCUUGGAGAUUAACAAGCCACUUGGCCCAAGUGGAUGGAAGGUCAUCAAGAAUGGAUGGGUGAUGAAUGUCAAGUCCUAUUCCCCGCCCGUGUACUAUGGCUACAGCGGCAACGGAGAGAUCUGGGACCGAAUCGGGUACGGCGAGUACCUUGACAAGUUCUGCAUUGAGAGGUCAAAGGUGCUUGCCCUGAGCUCUGGUUUCCCCGUCCCCCCUUACCUCCCGGUCAAGCAUCUCACCUUGACUGGCUUCGCUGUGGAUGGAGACCCCUUCGGAAUGUGGUUCCAGAACCUCGAAGAGGUUCACUUCAAGAAGGACUGCAUCGACUGCGGUUUCUGGCUGUCUCGCGCCCAGCGAGACGUUCGAGUUCGUCACUCGAACGAGUACGGAGUGGCCCGAGGUGCGGACGGGCCCUCCAAGGCUGGCUCUGUCGUGGAGCUCAGUGAGGAGACGCUGGCCGAGCUUACUGCUGCCGUGAGAGGCCUGGGGGUCUCGGGGAUGUGA